AUGGUUUCCGAUGUUUCCGAAGUAUCAGAUGCUUCACCGGAAGCUCCACAACAGCAAUUGCCCCCAAAGACUUCGACACAUUUAAUAUCGGGAGCAGUUGCUGGAUUAAUAUCUGCCAUUUCGUUGCAACCAUUUGAUUUGUUAAAAACGAGACUACAACAGCAACAGCGGUCUAAUUUGAAAUAUAGGACAACUAUAUCUAAAGAAUUAAAAAAGUUGACUCAUAUCAAGGACUUGUGGAGAGGUGCUUUGCCUUCUACUUUGAGGACAUCUGUUGGAGCCGGCCUUUAUUUCACAAUAUUGUCAUCUGCUAGAAGUGGAAUAUCAAACUAUAAGGUGGGUUCAGAUAAUGUAUCAGAUACAAGUGUAUUGCCCAAAUUGUCCCCGGUCGAAAAUUUGGCUACUGGUUUUAUUGUUAGAGCCAUAGUAGGUAUUAUUACCAUGCCCAUAACGAUAGUUAAGACAAGAUAUGAAUCCAACAUAUAUAACUACAAUUCUAUGUACGAGGGUUUUGAAAAUAUUUAUCUAGAUGGUAAUCAAAAAGGUAAAGGAUCGUUGAAGAAUUUCUUCAAGGGUUCACUCGCUACUUUAGCCAGAGAUUGUCCGUACGCUGGCUUGUAUGUUUUAUUCUACGAGUCUUUCAAGAAUGAUAUCUUGACGAAGAUAGUGCCUCCAAUAAAUGAAAACGAAAAUGGCCCCAUUACAAGGUCAACCAUUAUAAAUACCAGUGCUGCUAUCUUAGCGGCCUCGGUAUCUACCACCAUUACCGCUCCGUUCGAUGCUAUAAAAACAAGACUUCAAUUGUCUUCUAUUGUAGCUUCCAAGAAGAUGACUUUAUGGUCUGCCACUAAAGAUUUAAUGAGAGAAGAAGGUGGUGUCAAGAACCUUUUUAGAGGUUUGUCGUUAAGAUUUGGAAGAAAGGGUCUUUCAUCUGGUAUAAGUUGGUGCAUUUAUGAAGAAUUAAUUAAAUCUAAUUUUGCCCAAGUUAUUAUAACCAAAUCUGACAAAAAACUUGUAUAA